GGCCCCCGCGGAAGCGCGCUGGCCAAUGAUAGAGCAAGCGUGCAAUGACGUUCUGAUGACAUCAUCCUGCAGCCGUACCAGGCCGGACAUGGCUCUCUUGUUCCUAGCGUUUUGCCGAGGAGGCUCGUUGUUCUUUGUGUCCUUCCUGUUCCCCCAAGAGAUGGCGACCAAGGUGCGUUCAUCGUUACCGUUCUCUACCAAGGUGGAAAUAAUCCGGCGCGUUGAACGCGGCGAGAAGAAGUCAGAAGUCGCCGCAUCCUUCAAGAUCGCCAGAAGCACGCUGAGUACGAUUCUGAAAAACAAGCCAGCGAUCCUGCAAAAGUCCCGAGAUCGACCGAACGCCGACGGAAAGCGCAUUCGGGCGCCUGCCUUUGACAGAGUGGAAAAGGCGCUGUACGCGUGGUUUUUGGAUAUUCGCGCUCGAAACCUUCCAGUUUCGGGCCCCAUGUUACAGCAGAAAGCAAAAGACUUUGCCUUUUUGCUCGACGUUCAAGAUUUUAGUGGCGGAUCCGGAUGGCUUCAACGGUUCAAGGAACGUUACGACAUCGUCGGCAAAGUUGUCGCCGGCGAGAGUCGAGCAGUCGACAAUGAAAGCGUCAAGAAGUGGAUCGCCGAAAACUGGCCAGCAAUUACGGAGCAGUACAGGCCCUGCGAUAUUUCUAAUAACGAC